AUGCCUUUGUCAAGGACCCUUUCAAGAUCCGAUUCUUGCGUUGACAUUGACUUCACAUUGCGCCGUAUAUUUAAAAAGACCUCAUUCAGGCCCUUGCAGCGAGAAGUUAUCGUUGCUGCACUGGAUGGACACGAUGUUUUCAUUCAGGCUGCCACUUCAUUUGGAAAAAGUUUAUGCUUUCAACUGCCUGCAGUGAUCGAUCAAGGGAUAACUAUUGUUAUCUCACCAUUACUUUCAUUAAUGACCGAUCAAGUAAAUGCCUUACAGUCUGCCGGAAUCGUAGCGGGUACCAUUAAUGGAAAUACAGCUUGGCCCGAACGACAACGACUCCUUGCAGACCUUGAAUCUGGCCACCCCCUAACAAGACUUCUAUAUGUGACUCCUGAGUACUGCUCUACAGACAACUUCCGCAAACAUCUUCGAACUGUGCAUGAACAGCGAGAGCUUGCUAGGAUUGCCGUUGAUGAAGCACAUUGUAUUAGCGAAUGGGGCCAUGACUUUAGAAAGUCCUUUAAAAAUCUAUCCUGGUUCCGAGAGACAUUUCCUGAUAUACCUAUUAUUUGUUUAACGGCAACAGCUACGGAUCAAGUACGACAAGAUGUUAUAGGCACUAUGGGUCUCUCGGAAACAAAUUUGAAGGUUUUCAGAAUGACAACGAACCGCGAGAACCUUCAUUAUGAAGUGAGAUUCAAAUCAGAUGAAUCAGACCAUUUCAAUGAUUUCUUACAUUGGCUCAAAGGAGUUCACAGAAAUAGAAUGGAAAACCCAGAACGUCGGGCCGAACUGGAACAGAAGCGCGAACGCGUGGAUAAUGUGUCAGGAAUCAUCUACACUCUUUUUAGACAAGAUUGUGAGAAUCUCGCGUCUAGGUUGAGACAUAGCGGAAUAGGGGCCAGAGCCUACCAUGCCGGGCUCACCCACGAAGAAAAGACCGAAACAUUAAAUCGAUGGAUCAAUAAUGAUAAGGGCUAUGACGUGAUAGUUGCGACAACUGCCUUUGGCAUGGGCAUAGACAAGGAAAACGUACGGUUUGUCAUUCAUUGGCAAAUUCCAAAAUCUUUCGAAGGCUUCUACCAAGAGGCUGGACGAGCCGGAAGGGACGGAAAGGCCAGCAUACAUAUCAUGUAUUACAGCCGCGAAGAUCGUGACCGAGCAUACAACAGAGUCUCUCGAGAUGCCAAAGAAAGAGUCAAUCUAGAAGCUAGGAUUAAUAGCUUGAAAGCUUUGGUUUCAUACUGCGAAGAAACUGAUGAAUGUCGACACAAGCUGAUCUGCAAAUACUUCGGAGAGAACGAAGUGCCCGCUUGUGAUUAUGCUUGUGAUUGGCACAAAGACGUGAAAGCUUUGAAGAGAGCAAAGCUUAAUAAUUUGAUGACCGAAGAAUUUGUGAGCACACAAAGAGAGCAAGGCCGCUUCGACAAUGGAUAUGAUGAGUAUGAUUGA